GAGCCAGCGGGGGAGGCUGACAUCACCGCGGCAGCGGCCCUUUAAACCCCCCACCCAGCCGGCGCCCCAUCCUGUCUGUCCAAGUUCAGACACGGAGAGCUCAUUCCCGCCUGCGAGUCUCGAGGAACUCCUCUCUCCCUCAACAUGGCCAACAAGGGUCCUUCCUAUGGCAUGAGCCGCGAAGUGCAAUCCAAAAUUGAGAAGAAGUAUGACGAGGAGCUGGAGGAGCGGCUGGUGGAGUGGAUCAUAGUGCAGUGUGGCGCAGACGUGGGGCGCCCGGACCGUGGGCGCCUGGGCUUCCAGGUCUGGCUGAAGAACGGCGUGAUUCUGAGCAAGCUGGUGAACAGCCUGUAUCCUGACGGCUCCAAGCCGGUGAAGGUGCCCGAGAACCCUCCAUCCAUGGUCUUCAAGCAAAUGGAGCAGGUGGCUCAGUUCCUGAAGGCGGCUGAGGACUAUGGGGUCACCAAGACUGACAUGUUUCAGACUGUUGACCUCUUCGAAGGCAAAGACCUGGCAGCGGUGCAGAGAACCCUGAUGGCUCUGGGCAGCUUGGCAGUGACCAAGAACGACGGGUACUACCGUGGAGAUCCCAACUGGUUUAUGAAGAAAGCCCAGGAGCAUAAGAGGGAGUUCACAGAGAGCCAACUGCAGGAGGGCAAACAUGUCAUUGGCCUACAGAUGGGCAGCAACAGGGGGGCCUCCCAGGCCGGCAUGACAGGCUACGGACGACCUCGGCAGAUCAUCAGUUAGAGGGAGAGGGCCAGCCCCCAGCCCUGUCCUUCCCCGGCUCGUCGGCUGCAGCCAUCCUGCCUAGCCCGCCUCACCCGCACCCGUGUAGUUCCUCAGCCCCGGCCAAGCUUCGAGGCCUGUCACCGAGCAAAGGUGACCGCACUUGGGCAGCUCUCCCCCACCCCUCAGCCUCAGCCCAAUUUCUUACCCCCAAGCACCACUCCCCUGACCCUCCUCCCAGCUCCCCCGCCGUCUCCCACCGUCUCACCCCAUCCUGGGCCGGGCAGGGGGGACGUGGGCUGGGGGUAGCCUGGGCGGGGGGCAAGUCCACUAGCCUCCUUGGCAACAGACGCCUAUUGAAGGUAAUCCUGCCCAACCUCCCUCCAUUUAUUUUUUUUCUGGAAUAUUUUGGGGGUUGAAAUUCAGAAAGGAAACAAAUAUAUACAUCAAUCUUUUCUCAG